AUGGCGGACAUGGAAGCAAGGUCACCGACUCCCCUGGCGGAGAACAGAGAGCGCCUGCCGAAUCUCUUCGAGGUGCUGUCGCGUCGGACUCUGGCUCCGGUAUGGUCUCGAGCGGCAUUGGAGACGUGUGGAAGUGCUAACAUUCACAGGUCGAUCUUUUCAGUUUCUACAUCUACAUGCGCGAUACUCAAAAGAGCGUGGACUAUUUGGAUUUCUGGUAAGUCCAUUCGCAGUCUGUUUGCAGCAGCGAGAAGCACAGCAGGAAGCAGCGAGCAGCGAGCAGGGAGCAGCGGGCCGUGGACAUCGCGCGGCAGGAAGUGAGCAGCGAGCGCAGCAGCAGCGGCGGCGGCGGCGGGCAGAGCAGAUGCGUCGACAAUGGAGAAAGUUGAAUUGAUGUGGCGAUUACAGGCUCGACGUUUCUCAGCAUAUGUCGCUAUGCCGACAUUACGUGCGCGAACUCCGCCGAUCCGUCCUCGUAUCCACGCCCGAACUUGAGAAACCCGCUUCCAAGCGAUCCUCCCAAAUUCUCGACAAUUACACGCUCGAAAGAACCUCAUCGGAACAAGGUCCAAGCGGCACCCAAUAUCGAGACAAAUAUGAAGAGCGACAGACUCCAGACCAGCGUUUGUCGGCGUUUCUACGCAACGACAACGGCAGCGGACACAGCCCGCAGCAAAGCCAAGGAAGCCAACAUGAGGGUACAGGCAACGGAAUGGAACUGCCACCUCGACCAAGCUUCAUGACAGGCGCCUCGAAUUCGCCAUCUCCCUAUCCUCACAGUAACAGCAGCCCGCAACACACUGUAGCACGCGCGGACAUCCGGGCCUCUGCCGAAAAGAUCCUCUACACAUUUCUGCUGCCCGGCGCGGAGCGUGAGAUCAUUCUCCCUCAAGGUGUUAUCAAUGAGAUCACAGACAGCAUUGAGAAUGAGGGCAGAGAUGAUCCGGAAGUUUUCGACACUGCUAAAGACUAUGUUUUCCAGGCCAUGGAGCGCGACGCUUUCCCUGGCUUCUUGCGAGCGAAGGCAUUGGGCAACAUCGUCCAACCGUCCAUCAUGCUCCGCAUGAUCGCCGGACUGGUCUGCAUGUUUGCCGGCUUCUGGACAGCGUUUGUGCUCCUGUUCCUCAACAAAGACCGGGCAAGCAGGUGCUGGGAGAUAUUGCCGUUCACACUCGGCGUGUAUCUCCUUGCAACGCAUCAAUACAUGCUGGACCCCAUUCUGGCAUUAGCCGGCUUUAGCGAAUACACCUUUCUGUCUUUCUCGAGAAUCAAGGAGCCCUUCGUCAAGUGAGUUCGCCUUGGUCACGCGCCUCCCCCCUACAUGCGCUAACUUCUGCCACAGGAGGCUUCUGACCAAGAGAUCUCUGAUGUGCUUGAUGUGGAUCUUCCUCAUCACGACUGCCUUGUGCUGCUUGUUUAUCUUUGUACCAGGAAAGCGACUUUGA